AUGCAAAGGCAGUCCGGUCCUCCGAUGCGCAAGAGGAAAGGAGACCAGCGCGGUUCUGGAGGGGGUUCAGUGAAAAGACAGAGGCUCCCAGAAAAUCAAAGGGUUUACGUGUCCAACAUACCGUUCGAUCUCGCUUGGCAAGAAAUCCGAGACUUGUUCGAGAAGGAGGCUGGAAAUGUGUCGUACGUGGAAAUGUUCAAAGAUGAACAAAGUAAACCUCGCGGUUGUGGACUAAUUGAAUUUAAAACCCCAGAGAACGCGAAACGAGCUAUUGAAAAAUUGAACCGUUAUUCAAUCAAGGAUCGCAAGAUCAUCGUUCAGCAAGACAGUAAUUGUGAGCGAGACAAGCAUGGGAAAAUCAUUCGCAAUCGGAAUGCUCCGGAAAGACGCCCAGACCCAUCUCCAGUGCCGCUGAUGUCUGCUAGGUUACCGAAGCCCAGUGGACGUGCACCACCAAAAGUCAACUAUCGUAAUACAUAUGGACUCAACGAAGAAUAUCUGCAAAAUCUCGGGAUUGAUUGCGAGCUAACUCGAUUCGUUUUUGCCGCGAACAUAUGUUACACUGCCACCGAUGAAAACAUUCGUCAAGUGUUCUCCAUUGCGGGAAAGGUCAGGGCUCUGGAAAUAUGUCGAGACUCGCGAGGCAAUAGCAGGGGAUUCGGGAAAGUAGAAUACGAGCAUCCAGUGGAAGCUGUUCAAGCUGUCUCAAUGCUGCAUAAGCAGAUGUUUUACGAUCGAGAGAUGACUGUGAAAAUGGACGACAAACCACCCAUUGAUUCAUCUGAGAAUGAAUUCGAUUAUGUGCCAACGAGACCAGAUCUCCCGGAAGGAUUGUCGUCUAUCGGUGUUCCUCUUCACAGGUUGACAGGUGCUGCAGCUGCACCUGCCCCCGUACCAGCUCCUGUUCCUGCUCCAGUGCCUCCUCCAGCCCCUUUCGCCCAACAAGUUGCUUCUCAAGCAAACCCCCUCGUUUUGGCUCAGUUGCUUACGCAGUUGGCGAAUACCCUAACGCAAUCAGCUGUCCCUCAGCCUGUACCUCCACCGUCGCAGACGACGUUGGGCCAACAGAGCGCCUUGUCGUCGGGCUAUCUCCAAGGGACAUCUAUAUUGUCGGGUGGGUGCGGCUUGUUGGAAAACCCGACUAGGAUUUCCUCACAGACGAUGGGCCAACAGAGUGCCCUGUCGUCUGGAGAUCUCCAGGGAACAUCUGCACUGUCGGGUGUGGGCUUGUUGCAGAACUCGUCGAGGAUAACGUAUCCAGGAACAAUGCAUUCUUCGCGAAGUGGACCUGCAAGAAACGCAUCGGUUCAAGAUACUCAGGAAAGUAAUUUCCAGCAAAGAUCGAACCAAAGUGGCAUGAUGCGGAACCAGAAUUUCCAGCGUAAUGUCGGCGAGUCUUCUGUCGAUUCUGAUGAUCGUAAGCCGUGGCAUACUGGCUUAAUGGGAAGAACGACUGCAGCAACUUCAGUGCAACAAAAUCAGAAAACACUUCGGGGUAUUGUCGGCGAAUCUUCUGUCGGUCAGAGAAAUCCCCCUCGCGUCUCCGCUGAUAAUCGACCCGGAAUAUUGAAUAGCCUUUCUCUGAUGCCGGAUGAUGAAGACGAUGAUGACAAUGAACCCCACUAUAAUUAUGCACGCUCGCAGGGGUCCAACAAAGAAGUGACCCGGACGCAAUCGGUCUCUGCAAGCAGCAAUUUCGUCGUGUUUAGAAACUUGCCGCAUGGUGUAAAAAGGCAGCAUCUAUAUUCGAUGGUGAACCGAUAUGGUGAUUUGGAUUCGGUUGAAGUUUCUGGGAAGGGGACAGGUGUGGCAAGAUUUUUAAGCGAAACUGCGGCUGUUCGGGCUGCGAGUAAGUUGUCCUAUUGUAGUGUACUUGUUCGAUCCACGUUGAAGACGAAAUUCACUCUUCUAGAUUCCUUGGACGGAACAACGCUUUUCGACAAUGUCCUAAAAGCGGAGAUGUUCCCUCUUCGUAAAAGCUAUAAGUGGUUGAUCGCUGUGCGCAGGCAUGUUGUUCCUGUGCGAACUAAAGCCUCGUAUGAAUCAUUUCCGUGGGAAUCAGAUCCGGACUAUCCCCCUGUUCCAUCGACUACGAAAGCUGUUCCUGGCGAGAAAGUUGGACCGAACGAUGAUAUAUCUGGGAAGAUCAACAACCGAAACCCUCGGAAUUUGGAAUUGCUGCGGUUGGCAGUGAAACCUCGAGGUUGGACCCUCGAAAAGGAUUUUAAGGAAUAUUGGUACAAACUCGUCUUCGAGAAAACAAAUAAGCAGAUGAUCGCCAGAUUGGAUCAUCAUUCGGGGAAAACAGUGGUGUCAGUGAGUUCCAAAGAUUGGGAUGCGAGGCAAGUGUUACCCGAGGCCACUGAUAUAACCGCGGCCUCGAUGCUUGGCGACCUUUUCGCUGCUAGGUGCUUGAUGGCGGGUUUCAAUGAAUUCCAUUCGGGUUAUUCAGUGGAAGCUCGACAGAAGUCUGAGAAGCUGGAUGCUUUCCUCUCAUCCUUGGAAAGAAAUGGACUGUCCCUCUCUGAGCCACCUGUAAUUUCGGCACCUGUGAUCAACGAUGCGAAAACAGCCGAAUAUCCUUGGGAUGUGCUAGAAGAAGACGUUGGUCCGAAGGAUCGCUUGAUUGUUCCGGUUACUCGGAAGAUACAAAUAGUAGCUGAGGGGACGAAUAGUUACCUCGUCGUUGUCCUUGGACUGGGAGACAUCAAGACUGGGGCCCGCGGAAUACAGUUAAUAGCUGAGGCGACUAAUAGUGUCCUCGUCGUUGUCCUUGGACCGGGAGACAUCGAGACUGGGGCCCGCGGAAUUCGGAGAGUCACUGUGCGAACGAACAGCGUCCUUUCCGUCGUCCCAAGCCUCGGAGACAUAGUGACCUGCAGGAUCUUCCGGACGGAAAUACGGUUUGCCAAAUGCGUCCUCGUGCAACAGCUAUCACAUGUCGUGGUUGAGAUGGGUUCUUUACCACCUGACGAGAGUGGCGUUCCGCCGUUGAUCGUGAUCCCCGGCACUCGACUCGCGAGACAAAAUGAUCUUUUAGUCGGUGGAAGCGGAACUUACACACACGAAGGAAUCAUUUCCGCUGCUGUUUUGGGCGUCGUGACUAUUGUUCAGACUGACGACAUAGACGAAAGCUCCUCUCGUAAAAUUUUCCAGACUGGUAAACGGUUUGCCAAAUGCUCAAUCGUGGCGGUUGGCGAAACACCGCUUGUGAGGCCGUUUUUGGGAAUGUUGAGGAAGGAGGACGUCCGCGCCAUUAAAAAAGAUAGCGUUGUGUUGAGCAACGCUGUUCGGUGUGGAGAUGUUAUCAUCGGUCGAGUGAUCUCAAUGGGCGAUUCGCAAUCGUAUCUCAUUUCGACUGCGGAAGAAGAGCUCGGAGUUGUUCUCGCAUACAGCGAAUCAAGAGUUCCGAUGGUUCCCCUGACUUGGUCCGAGAUGCAGUGCCCUAAAACCGGACAGCGCGAGUCGAGGAAAGUUGCCAAAGUUGUACCUGCUGACUUUUUGGAUCCCGUCAAAGAAUCUGGCCCCGAAUCCAUUCAAGUGAAUUGACGGAAUGAAGCUACUUUUUUCACAUGACAUGAA